UAUUGAACGUGCAGCGACAUCUGUCGGAUCAACGCGGAGGAAAGCCACGUCAUAUAGAUAAGAGUUGUGUUGUGUGCAGUGUUGGGUGUUGUGGCUCUACAGAUAUUCCAAGUUUUCUUGAACUAAGUACGAAAAUGAACAUUUUUAGAAUAAUCGGAGACUUGUCUCAUUUGCUGGCCAUAAUAAUUCUACUGAGGAAAAUCUGGAAGACGCGAUCAUGUGCAGGUAUCUCAGGAAAAUCACAGAUUCUUUUUGCUCUGGUCUACACAACAAGGUACUUGGAUUUGGUGACAACCUAUGUAUCGCUGUACAACACUGUGAUGAAGAUCAUCUUCAUUGCUGUCUCCAUCGCCACAUGCUACUUGAUCUACAUGAAAUUCAAAGCUACCUAUGAUCAUAAUCAUGAUACCUUCCGCAUUGAAUUUCUAUUGGCUCCAGCAGUAAUUCUAGCUCUGCUCAUUAACCAUGAUUUCACCUUCUUAGAGAUUUUGUGGACAUUCAGUAUUUAUUUGGAAUCAGUUGCCAUUCUUCCUCAACUGUUUAUGGUCAGCAAAACUGGAGAAGCUGAAAGUAUUACUUCUCAUUACUUGUUUGCACUUGGAUCAUACCGUGCUUUGUACAUCCUGAACUGGAUCUACCGUUAUCAUAAUGAGGAAAUCUAUGAUCUGAUUGCCAUUGUGGCUGGUAUAGUUCAGACUGCAUUGUACUGCGAUUUCUUCUAUCUGUACAUUACAAAAGUGUUAAGAGGGAAAAAGUUGCAGUUGCCAGCCUAAGUGUAGUGUGGUUUGUCGUGUUCUCGUGGCGAAAUGAAUGAUUCAAGAAAAAUAAUAAUAUUUGUACAAACUGUUUUUAAUUAAUACUAUUCUCUUCCCUGUUCA